CUGUUCAGCUGGAAGCCCGAAGAAGGGACUUGAAGUCAGCCCACACUGCUGUUUAGAGAGAGAGAGAGAGAGGAGGCGGCCGUCUGCUUAAUGGGGUGACCUUGCCCACGAAGCCUGUAUGCUGGUUAGGGAUGAAGCCUGUGUGCAUUUUUUUCACUCGGAAGUGCUGUUUUGUGAUGUGAUUCUGGUUGAACGGCUUUGUUGGUUCCUUUGUAACUCUUAGAAUUGGUGCUGCUGACGAAGCUUCCUAUUGCUGCUGACCUUUUUUCAGAACAGUCAAAAUGCUUCCUCUAUCACUGCUCAAGACAGCUCAGGGACAUCCUAUGUUGGUAGAGCUAAAAAAUGGGGAGACAUACAAUGGGCAUUUAGUAAACUGUGACACGUGGAUGAAUAUUCAUUUGCGUGAGGUUAUUUGUACUUCUAAGGAUGGCGACAGGUUUUGGCGAAUGCCAGAAUGUUACAUUAGAGGCAACACAAUAAAGUAUCUUCGUGUUCCAGAUGAGGUGAUCGACAAAGUUCAAGAAGAAACAAACAAGAGCCGCUCGGACAGGAAGCCUCCAGGUGUAGGGCGUGGUAGGGGCAGAGGUAGAGAGGAGAGUGGUGGUGGAAGGCCCAUGAAAGGCAUUGGUCGAGGUCAAGAGGAUGGCAAAGGUGGUCGUGGCAGGGGAGGACCUGGCAACAAAGGUGGCAGCAACAGAGGUGGGGGGCGUGGUCGUGGUUGACAUAUAACGGAUGGAGGAUUACAGAGUUGCAGCAGUAACUUUGCACUGUUUUUUUUAUGCGUUGUUUUUGCCGUUUUUAUACAGAUGGGUUUGGUUGGGUUCUAUGAGUUUUGUUUAUGGGACUUUAACCAUAUUAGGUUUCAGGUGAGGUUUGGGGAUGAAAGCCAGUGGAUGGGAAAGGCUGGUUAAGUUCUAGAGGAAAAAAGAAAAAGGAAAAAGUGAGAUUUUUUUGCUCUCUCCUUUGAAAAGUACGGUGUUCAAUGUUUGACCUUAUAUUCCUGGUUCCUUGUGAGCAUAUAUUUAAGCUUGAGUUCUCUCUCUAUUCAA